AUGGUUAUUAUUCGAUUUUGGUUAAAACAACUCUUUAAAUGUGCUUUUGAAGAUGUUAAGUUUAUACAUGUUAUAUUUAAUCCAGAAAUGAUUAAUUUAUUAUUUGAUAACGACAAAACAAAUCUUAAACAAUUUUACGUUCAAAAUUUCAAUCUAUAUCAUAGCAAUCAUAUAAAGGAAAAUAUUUUUAAAUUUGUUUUAAACCGAUUUGCAAUUUCUUGGUUAUUUGUCAAGUUUGUUUUUGUUGAAAGUGAUUUCAGCAAGAACAACAUUGCAGAACGACAAACUGAUAUCUUAUUCAAUAUUAUAAUAAAUGAAGGCGAUAAAUUACCUAAAGUUGGUCUUGGUUGUUUCAAGUCUUCAAGAAUUUAUGAUCUUAUUGUUAAAUAUAUAACAACGUCUAAAGAUUUCUCUAAAAUGGUGCCUUCUAUUCAGAUAUUUUUUGAUCCACGUGAAAAUUUUAAAUUACCUGAAUUACCUGAGAGAGCAAAAAAUGUUAAAACUAGUGAGCGAUAUAAAUAUACAAGAUACCAAAUUGUUAAUAUUUAUAAUCCAAAAGUGAAAUUUUUAUUUUCAAAUCAGAAAUUUGAAACAAUAUUUUAUGUUUAUAUCGAAAAGAUGGAAGAGUAG